AUUAAUAAUAACCGAUAUGAUUCCGCGUGUACUGUCAGACUGUGCACGCGGCCGCGCGCCAGGCUGACGUCAUUAGUGCAGAAGAUGGCGGCGCUCGUGAAGGCGGAAGUGCCGCAGUGUUUUCCUCAUUGGACCGUGUGACUGCCCCCUGCUGGCUGGAGGAGUUGCUGAGAUUCACCAUGAACAACAAGGAUGGUGCUAAAGAGUCCGAGUCUGCUGCUCAGAUGAAGGUGUUUUUGCCCAAUAAGCUGUUGGAGUGUUUACCGCCUACAGCAUCUUUACCCAAAGAAAGACUGCGGUGGAAUACAAAUGAGGAAAUUGCAUCCUUCUUGGUUUCCUUUGACAGACAUGAGGAGUGGCUGUCCUGCACCUUGAAGAGCAGACCACAGAACGGAUCCAUUAUCCUUUACAAUCGUAAGAAAGUCAAAUACAGAAAAGAUGGAUAUUGCUGGAAGAAAAGAAAAGAUGGAAAGACGACAAGAGAAGAUCACAUGAAGCUGAAAGUUCAGGGCAUUGAGUGUCUGUAUGGUUGUUAUGUUCAUUCCUCCAUCGUUCCAACAUUCCACAGGAGAUGCUAUUGGCUACUGCAGAAUCCAGACAUUGUGCUCGUUCAUUACCUUAAUGUGCCGUCACUAGAAGAGAGCGUGAAGUCCUCCGGCCCGGUGUCGUGUACAUUGACUGACCGGCGAGACAGUCUGCGCUGGAGCCGAGACGAACUCCUCUUGCAGUUAAAGCCCAUGUUCCAUAGCAUGAAAUGGUCUUGUGAAGGGAUCAGUACUGUGGAGCAGAUGGUUCAGCAGAUCCUAGAAAACCAGCAGACCAAACCACAGCCACGAACUCACACCUGCCUGUGUGCAUCUCCCGGCUCCAACAUUCCUCACCGCUGCAACAGCACGAAACAUCGCAUCAUUUCCCCCAAACUGCCCAGCUGUCCCGCCCCUUUCCCUCCUUUCACAGAGCUUCAAAACAUGGCAGCUGAGAGCUCAGGAGGGGAAGCGGGUCGAGAGGCAGGACCAGGCGAUGCCACAGUGGCUGUCGUGCCUUCGGAGAGGAAGCUGACAUCCAGUAAGCCGGAGGACUCGGGACGAGCCGUCACAGAAGAGACGGGGGGUUUGACUUCGCCGUGCUCUGCCUCUUCCUCAUCCUCUUCCAGUCCACCCCAAACGCAACGUGCACCAACUAUCUCCCUUCGCAACGGAAACGGAUUCUACGGUGACCGGAGAGGCGGACUGGCGACCGUGGCCCUUCCGCAGAACGCGGUUAUCGUCAUGACGACAUCGGCACCGGUGGGGCACGGAGGGGAGGAGUCGAACAGAGAGCUCGGAGUAUCGCUCGGCCGUGCUGGCAGCCGGCUCGUCCUGUCCCCUGUACCGCCCAAACACGACACGCCCCCUUCACCCAGCUCUUCCUCUCCAUCAAGUGCCGUCUCGCCCAAUCAAGGCGUGGCCACGCUGUCACUCACUCUGUUGCCCAGUCCUGUGAUUGGAGGACUACUACUGACUGACCGCAUUAUCCCAGAAGCACCUGGAACGGUUGUACAGCAGGCGUCCCCGACACCCUUGCUACUCCCGUUCGAUCCUGACUCUUUCCUUAACAGCCCUAAACAAGGCCAGACCUACGGAGGCCCUGCCCUUCUUUCCCACAACUCCAUUUCCACCUCCCCAUCACCACCUCUCUCUGUGUCUCCUCAGCCUCCUGCAUCUCUCGCUCUGUCUCUCUCUCCCACCUCUCCACCAUCUUCUCUUUCUUCCCUCUCUUCCGAGACCGAGAGGAGAAGCGUUACCGGUCGUCCCUCUUCAAGCCCAUGCUCGCUGUCUCCUUCUCUCUCUCUUUCGCUUUCUCCAAAUCGCUCUAGUCCACUGCUACUUCCGCUGUGCCUGGAGUCGUCUUUAGGUCUCGAUUCGUUGACCCAACCGCUAAGUCCCGCCCUCUGUACACAAGAGCCCUCAUCAUCGCUGUCAGCUGGGGACGAAUUAGAAACACCUCCUACUGGACUUGAUACACAAGCUGCACCUAGUCACCUACUAACCAAUCAACUCUCGCCAUCACACCAUGUGAGUAACCAGUUGGUCCCAACGACACAAGUUCAUCCCUCAACUAAUCGGUUGCCUGCAGAGGGUGAAAAGGUCGAGCUAAGGCAACAGCAGCAGCCUCAGGUGCACCUUCUAGCGACCGCCUCGACUUCCACAAAUGUAAACAGACGGAUGAUUCCCGUACAAGUAAAGGAGGAACACUCUCCACCCGCUCGUCUGCAGUUUGAAUCAGAUGUAACUCCGAUGGACACCACCCACAGUUCUGAUUCCACUCAUGUAGACGACGAAGAGACGGGGCUUACGUUUGACUCUGCCUUUCCUGACCUCAUAUCUGAGCUGAUUAACGAGGAGACCGUCAGCCACGCAUCCAACCCAAACCCACCCGUUUACCCCGUCAGGUACAUGGUUCCACCUCAGCCGACACCAUCCGCCUCGUUCUUGCCCUUUCCUCUUCUAACAAACGGCCACUCGUUCGUGUCCGACGGCUCUCCGGAGGAGACCCAACACCUGGCCAGCAUCACGGACUUCUCACCUGAGUGGUCGUACCCGGAGGGUGGAGUGAAGGUUCUGAUCACAGGUCCAUGGUCUGAGACUGACGGCAGAUACUCGUGUAUAUUUGACCAGAGCCGAGUACCUGCUUCAUUGAUUCAGCCGGGUGUCCUGCGCUGUUACUGUCCAGCUCAUGAAGCUGGACUUGUUGCUCUGCACGUCUGGAUGGAUUCUAGUGUGGUUUCCUCCGCUGUGCUCUUUGAGUAUCGCGCUCGCAAUGCCUCGUCUUUACCGAGCUCACAGCUGGACUGGUUGUCACUGGACGAUAAUCAGUUCAGGAUGUCGAUUCUGGAGCGUCUGGAGCAGAUGGAGCGCAGAAUGACAGAAAUGUCAAAUAACAACCAAAGACAUCAACACGUCAAUCAAUAUCAUCAUCAACUGAACCAAAACACUUUACCACACCUGACUCCUGAGAACCAGUCUGGUGUGUGGUUUGAGCACAGGAUUGUGGCCUUGUGUGAACAAAUGAUGUUGGGCGGUCGAUGGGAACGAGAUGAAGAGAGAGAGAGACUCACACAUUCGGUGAGACAUCGAGGACUGACGCUCUUACAUCUGGCCGCUGCGCAGGGAUAUACACAACUCAUCCAUACACUCAUACGCUGGAGGAGUUUAAGUGUGAAUAGUUUGACUGUGGAGCAGGAGGUGGAUCCUCUGAAUGUUGAUCAUUUCUCCUGCACACCACUGAUGUGGGCAUGUGCUCUGGGUCAUCAGGCAGCUGCGGUGUUGCUGUAUCGCUGGAGCAGCGCUGCUUUGGGAAUCCCGGACUCUUUAGGUCGACUCCCUCUGGCUGUAGCUCAUUCUCGUGGACACACACGUCUCGCCCGCUGUCUGGAGGAGUUACACACACACUCUCGAACACAAGAACACACACACCACACAAUCUCACCUUCAUAUCGGCCAAUGUCACCACUGUCCAGCAGCCCAGACACAGGUUUAAGUUCGUGCAGCAGCAUCCCCUCCCCUAGUGACCCCCCCUCACCCUCGCCGAGCUCCGCCUACUCCAGUGGUUCUGUCCCUGACCCCAUGGACUCCGCCUCCUCUCCCUCCUCCCCUCUCUCUGUUCCUCCUCCAGGUGAUUCGUUCUUCCUGAUGGAUUAUGAGGCGUCGAGUCCCCCGGCUCAAACCUCUCCGCACUCCAACUUGAUGUCUCUUCACUCUGAACUUGACGAUGAGCUGCUGAACUACAGUGAGAACGCAGAGAACGAAGACUUUCUGUCCGCUGAUGUCCUACAGGUUGACAUGGCAACGCUGGCUGAGCAGAUCAUCGAGGCCACACCUGAACGAAUCAAACAGGAGGAGUUUAAUCGAGAGGCGGAGUCACCACUCAGAGAGAGGCGGGACAAUCCUGCCAUUCAUGACACUAUGCCCUGGCUCGCGCCAUACCUUGAUACGGUUGACAGGAGCCUGUGCCCCGCCCCUCCCUCCCCUCUCAGUGAUUUGGCCCUGCAGAGACUUCGUCCCCCCAGCAGUGUGGCGUGGGCGGAGUUUUUGAACGCCUCAGCCAAUGGAAGGAUGGAAAGAGAUUUUGCACUGUUGACUCUCACAGACACGGAGCAGAGAGAGCUUUAUGAAGCCGCACGUGUCAUUCAGAACGCCUUCCGCAGAUACAAGGGGCGGAGACUAAAGGAGCAGCAGGAUAUGGCGGCCGCAGUUAUACAGCGCUGUUACCGCAAAUACAAACAGCUAACAUGGAUAGCAUUGAAGUAUGCCUUAUAUAAGAAGAUGACACAGGCCGCUAUAUUGAUUCAGAGUAAGUUUCGCAGUUAUUAUGAGCAGAAGAAGUUUCAGCAGUCACGUCGAGCGGCCGUCCUCAUUCAGCAGUACUACCGCAGUUAUAAAGAGUAUGAGCGCGUCAAACAGGGACACCGCGGGCCCGGAAACCUCAACACAAAAAUAAAAGGAUCAUUUCUGACAAAAAAACAAGACCAGGCUGCACGAAAGAUCAUGCGUUUCCUCAGACGCUGCAGACACAGAAUAAAGGAGCUGAAACAAAGUAAAGAGUUGGAGAGGAGGGGACUCACAACCUGACCACAAACACACACAGUCCAUUAUUCAUGUUUACAAUCGUCUGUUCUAAUCACUCACAUACAGAGAGUUGUGUGUUUUUUCUUCAGUUGUUGCUGCAUCACUACAGUUUCUGUUGAGCUUUACUGAAUGUUUGAUGUAUUAAUGGAUCUCUAUAUAAAUGUAAACAGUAUACUCAUAUAAUGUAUGAUAAAGAGUGGAUUUAUUUAUUGAUUUAAACUCUUGGAGAUAUUUUAUAGCACUCAACCUAUAAAAGGACGAAUCCUGAUCCUGUUAAUAUUCAAAGUCUUAAAUCUUAGUUGCCAUGGUUACACAUGGCUUAAAUGUAAUGAUGCCUAGUGCUAAACAUGCACACACACACUCGUAACCCGCUGGAAUCAUGACGUGCUCAGAAGUUUAAAAUACAUUAUGAAAUUGAAGUUUUUGCAACACAAGAUGAGUGGCUAGUUUGUAUGAAAUAUUGUGAUGUGCUACUAAUACUGUAUGUGUUUACUGUAAAUCUAUUUUGCAAUGGUGCAAAAUUACGAAAAGAUCAAUUAGAACUGAAUUAAACCUGAGGAAACCGCUCUGAUUCAAACUAUUUAUCAGUUUUCACUCCAGUUAACACGGUGAUGUGUUUAAUACAAGCGUCACAAACACACAACAGCAAUAGGCAUCAUUUGAUAGGAGAAUGUUUAUUUUAUGGCUAUUUUUUGAAUGUGCCUUGAGGUGUUUUUAUCUGAUUAACUGCAUCGCUUCUGUGUUAACAUGAAAAACUAUCAUCAUAAAUCAUCUUUUUGCAUUAAUCUGUAAAUAAUGUAUAUAAAGAGUUGGUGAAACUAUAUUUAAGAAUGAAAACCUUGACCUUUUGCCUGAAGAAAUGUUUGAUUCCCUAUGGACUGCCUGCUGAUAUGCACGCUUCUAUUUACUCUGAGAUUUUAUUCAGCAUGUGUUUGCUUGCUGGUGUAUUUUUGCACGAUUUCAUGUUUGUUUCUGUUGAGAUUUUCACUUGCUGAAUAUGUUGUGGCUUUAUUUAUUAAUAGCAAUGUUUGGAACAGAAUAUGGAAUGUUUGAAUUGAUUUGUACCAUUAAUUCAUUCAGAUGUUUUUGCAGAGAUUUAUUCAAGCUGUUUUAUUGUUACAUAACAUUUCAUUAAACUUCAACUUCA